CACGGUGACGUCAUCACGUUGAGUUCGACGCACAGCAGGCUAUGGCGCUUCCUGACUGGAUAGUGACAUCGUUGGUCGCUGCAUCCUUCUUCUGUUUCUUGUGCUUAUUUUUUCGGUACAGACGGGCCACGUUGGAGUUCUGCAGGAAGCUCCUGAACAGGAUCAUGGCUCGAACAGAGAAGCCGCUGUUCCGAAUCGCGUAUACACUCUACACAAGGACCAGACUGGGUUAUAUAUACUACAGGAGGCAAAUGAGGAAAGCCAGGGAGAAAUAUCCUGCUGGGCAUUCCACAACUCGUCCUAUGGAGCUCAACGGUAUAAAAAUAAUUCCCAUCUCAGUUCUGUCUGACAACUACAGCUACCUUAUUAUUGACACAGCCUCCAGUAUUGCAGUUGCUGUAGACCCUGCAGACCCUCAAACAGUUCAGACGGUGCUUGAAGAAGAGGGAGCAAUGUUAGAAGCUAUAUUAUGUACCCACAAGCACUGGGACCACAGCGGGGGCAACAAAGGUCUGAAAAGGCUUCACAGCGCCUGUCAUGUGUACGGAAGCGCAGCUGAUAACAUUCCUGGCCUCACGCACCCACUCUCACACAGAGACACAGUCAAUGUGGGCCGGCUGCACUUUAAGGCCCUGUUCACUCCUGGACACACCGUGGGCCACAUGAUCUACCUCCUGGACGGCCCGGCAGUCGGUUCCCCCUCCAGCCUCUUCUCUGGGGAUCUGGUGUUCCUCUCAGGAUGUGGGAGGAUGUUCGAGGGCAAUGCCACAACAAUGCUCUCCUCUCUGGACACAGUCGGUUCCUUAAGUGAUGAUACUUUACUGUGGCCCGGUCAUGAGUAUGCAGAGGACAACCUGCUGUUUGCUGCUGAGGUCGAGCCACGCAACGCCGCCCGAGAGAGCAAAUAUCAGUGGGUGCUGCAGCAGCGAGGCCAGAAGCUUUGUUCGGUGAGAAUGAUAUUUCUGCCAUUGUUAUGCUCCUCAAGCCCGCCUUCCCAGAAAGGACUCGUGUUGUCCUGCACCGGGGAAACAAGGCUUAUCGCUGCAUACAGUUUACAUGCUGUCAGAGCCUGGUCUGCAACCCUCCUCCCCCAACCGUCCAGGCUUACUGUCGAGCUUCAUCUGUGAUGCACUCUGCAGCCGGGCAAAGGCUCUCAGUUCAGGGCUUACCUGGAAUUUAGAUUGCUUUUUACCUCUUAUCAAUACAACAUGACUGCACAGGCUGUUCCAUUAGUUUUUACCUCCCGGAGUUUUGUCAACCUCCAUUUCCAGAAUACAGCAUGUUGCCAAAGUGUUUAUACCUCCUGAACUUUUGUGUAUUUGAUCACCUGCAUUUCAUACCGAUUAUACUCAACCAAUCAGACGCAUCAGCAACUGGAUUUUAUUGCAGGAAAAGAAUAUUCUAUUAUUUGAGUACUCUAUCGAUUAUUGUUACGAUUAAUUGAGUAAUCGGACAAAAAUCUCUCGUCCUCUCUCUUUCUGGGAGGAGAAACGCUGUCGUACUCCAAGCACCGCACCAGUCGAUUUAAGAAUGCUUAUCGGUCCCCUAA